CCUGAUGAGAGCGGGCUCGUUAGGACCAGGAUGGGAGAAAGCUUUUGGAGGCUGAGUGCUCUUUGCCAUGGCUCAGCAGCAUGCAAACCUCACUGCAUAGCUCCCUUUAGCAGAAGGGACCUGGGGCCCUCUGUGUGCUGAGAAGGGGCUCAGCAGCUGUGUGCGUGCUCUGGAGUGGAUGGGGAGGAGCAUUUUCAGGUCUGGAAAAUUUCAGACUUGAGCAAUUGGGGAACAAAUUGCCGAUGGCUCCAUUCCUGUGUUUUGAGCAGGGAGCUGCCCCUGCGCCUUCAGCUUACUGUGUGCUCCCCUGGCGGGUUUUCAGCUGUGGGCUCUGGUGGAGCUGCUCGCUGAAUUAAGAUGCCCAGGAGGGAUAAUGAAGCUGCUGGGAGGCAUUUUCACUGUUCGGAUAUUAAACUCUCUCGCUCCUUUCUCUUCCAGCAGAGCCAGCUCAACCAGUAGGAGCAUCCAGCAGCUCACCCCCCUCCCACAGGUUGCCCCACAUUUGGGGGCUGAGCCCUGCACAGCUGCAGCAGUUGGGGUGCUCAGGCUGAGACCUGCCUCGUCCCCUGCGUGCAGUGGGGAGCGGCCUUUGGGAACCUGUUCUGCCGCUUCCAAACAGGCCCGAAGGAACCAGCCAGGCAGGCAUCACUGAAUGAAAGGAGAACUGUGGGAGCCUCAGGCUCCUUGGGGGUAUUUUCAUGCUUUUUCAUAAGCGGUGCCCUCUUCCCAGGGCCGCCAGAGCCAGGCCUGCCUGCACACGCCAGGCUGAGCCACCACUGUGCUCUGGGAACCGUGGGAGAGCCCUGCAGUGGGGAGCGUGGCUCCAGCGCGGUGGCACGAAGCUCUGCAGCAAGGGCUGCGACCGGGGGAGCUGAUGGACAUGGACCAGCAGAGCCUGCGUCAGUGCAGGGUGUGGGGACGGCCACCUGCCCGCUAUCUGAUGGCCUCCAGCCGCAGGCUGUCCCUGCAUCCUGCCGGAAAGGUGCCCAGGCAGAUCAAACAAGGGCGGUGCGGGGCUGACGCACUGCAAGCUGGGAGGGGUGCAGGCCUUACUGGCUGCCACCCCAUCCCGUCCCAUCCCGCCCCAUCCCAUCCAUCAUGCUGCCCGCGGGCAGCCUCCCCGAGGCUGGUCCCUGCCACCCCGUGCUAUUCCAGAUGGGCACCCGGCAGGUGCGAGGCUGGGUUUUGCGUGUACGCUGCUCUGUUUGCUCUGGUAAUUAAUGCUAAUUGCAGGGGGUUUAUUGACCAACUAGGAGAGGUCCUUCCUGUCUUUUCUGGAGAAAUGCUGAAUGCAAACAGAGCUGAGAUCUAGGCUGGUUUCCAGCUGGGUCGGGGGAUGUGGGCAGUGAGCCCUAAGAUUUUUAUGGUGGCAAUCAUCUGAGCUGUGCAAACAGUGACUCCAGUGAGCACGGGGCUAUAUAGGGCAGUUCCUCCUGCACCACGGACGCGAGGGGCCGUUAUUCUUCCCAUCUCCGUGUGCCAGGUGAGGAUAGGGCUGCCACCGAGCACAGCCUCGGGGUGUUCAGGGGGAUGAGAGCUGCCUUUAUGGCACAGGGCACGCUGCAGCCUUGUGGUCUUCAGGCCAACUUUUGUUGCUGUCUCUUGGAGGGGAAGAUGAGCUGAGUCUGCAAAUGAUCCCCAGCACUGGCGAUUAGCGCACAUAAAGGGGAGCUGCGCUGAGGCAGCCGAUUGCCUCCCCAGCCUGGCAUGGACGCAAGCAGGAGGAACAGUGAUGCACAGAGUCCUUGUGGCCUGAGCAUCCCUGUCUGCUCAUGUCAUCACUGCUGCUGCCCCGGGCAGGACAAGCCAUGGGUCCCUCGCCCAUGCAGGGGACGCCUGCAGAGGAGAGAAGGAUGAUGGCAGCCAGGUGUGCCCUUCUGCUGCUGUGCUGCAUGGUGCUCCUGCAGGUGGUCGGAGCCCGGUACCUGCUGAGCUGCCCUGAAGGCUGGUCCUACUACAAGCUGAACUGCUUCAGGUAUUUCUCCCAGCACCGCACCUGGGAGGAGGCAGAGGCGCAGUGCCAGAACACCUACUCUGGAGCCCACCUUGCCUGGGUGGAGGAGCCCAAGGAAGCAGCCACGCUGAGCCAGGUCAUCAUGUACUACCAGCGCUCACAGCCUGUCUGGCUGGGCCUCCACUACCUGCGGCAGAGCCGGGACUGGCGCUGGACCCACGGGGAGAAGUACGAUGACCUCCCAACGGUUCCUGGGAAUGGUGCCCAAGGAGGAAGCUGUGCCCUGCUGACCCGGAGCAGCAGUUUCACCGUGUGGUCCAGUGCUGACUGUGACCGACAGCACCACUUCAUCUGCAAGUUCACACCCUCACAAUGAGCACAGCCCCGUGCCCCCAUGCUCUUCUCACCCCACCUCCGCGCUCAUCCCUCUAUCUCUCAAAAUUACAUCUAUAAACAGAGAAGCAUGUGAGCAUGGUGUGCGUCCUGUGCAAAGUCCCCUGCUGUUCUGCCUGCUACUAGUGCAUGUGGAGACCUGUGGGGAAAGGAGGGUGUGGGGACAGGUCCCAGGAGUUGCAGGGCUAGGGCAGGUAUGCAGGGAUGGUGAUGUGUGAUGAGGGGUCCCUGCGUGGAGACCUGGGAGAUGGGAGUGGUUCCCAUGAACCUACAGCUCUGAGGGGCUGUGUUGACAUCAGCAAUGGGGGCCAAAGGUCCCUCGUUGUGUCACUGCAGUGCGGCUCUGUGCAUCACGUGUCUGUUUGCUCUGCUGUUUUGGAGAUGGCUGUGCCUCCACGCAGCUCAUUUUUGUGCCCCGGAGCAGCCAUACAUGGA